AUGCAGUGGCCCCCGGCCCCUGGAGCCUCCCCGGGUCUGCGCUGGGCCUCCUCGCUCACCUGCUCCGCGGCCACGACGCUCCUGAGCCGCGCCGGCCAGGCCCCCCUCAUGGCGGCCAAGUGGUUCAAGGAGUUCCCCCUGAACCUGAAGACCGUGUCGGAGCGGGCCAAGCCCGGCGGCGGCGGCGGCGGCGGCGGCAAACCCCGCAAGAACUCCGAGGCGGGCGGCGCGGUUCCCGCCGCGGGCAAGGGCCGCAAGAACUCGGCGGCCGAGCUGGGGGGCGGCAGGGCCGGCCUCGCUCCCCCCAAGGACAGCCGGCUCUCCCGCGAUAGCCUGCAGGGGCUGAUCCAGGCCGCCGCGGGCAAGAGCCGCAAGAACUCCCGGACCGCCGACGAGGAGCCGCACCGGGGCGCGGCCAAGAGCUCGGGCUGCAGCACCUACAUCAACAGGCUCAUCAAGGUGGACGCGCAGGAGAAGAUCGGCAAGAGCAGCUACCCCGGCGGCGGCGGCGGCGGCGGCAGCAGCAGCAGCAGCAGCAGCUCUUCCUCCGCGUCCUCCUCCCCGUCCUCCCUGGGCCCUGAACUGGACAAGGGCAAGAUGAUGAAGCAGCAAGACACGGUCAUCAUUUUAGAAGACUACGCUGACCCGUAUGAUGCCAAGCGGACAAAAGGUCAGCGGGACGCAGAGAGAGUAGGCGAGAACGACGGCUACAUGGAGCCCUAUGACGCACAGCAGAUGAUAACAGAAAUCAGACGCCGAGGAUCCAAAGAUCCCCUGGUGAAGGCCCUUCAGCUGCUCGACAGCCCCUGUGAGCCCGGGGAGCCGGGCGCGAAGCCGGAGGCGCUGGCCCGGAGGCGGAGUUCCAAGGACCUGCUGGGGAAGCCGCCGCAGCUGUACGACACGCCCUACGAGCCGGCCGAGGGGGGCCCCGAGCGGAAGGCGCGGCCCCCCGACGCCCACGGCCGGCUGCCCCAGGACGACGAGAGGCCCGCGGCUGAGUACGAGCAGCCGUGGGAGUGGAAGAAGGAGCAGAUCGUGCGGGCGCUGUCAGUUCAGCUCGAGGGCUCCGAGAGACCUGCCACCAAGGAGGAGCCCCUGAGGCAGCACCACCGGCAGAAGAGCUGGACCCAGAAGAUCCUGAAGCCGGCCCUCUCCGACCACGGCGAGGGGGAGCGCGUGGACCCGGCCCUGCCGCUGGACAAGCAGCCUUGGUAUCAUGGUGCCAUCACCCGUGCUGAGGCUGAGAGUCGACUCCAACCCUGCAAAGAAGCUGGUUACCUGGUUCGAAAUAGUGAGUCGGGGACCAGUAGGUACUCCAUUGCACUAAAGACGAGUCAAGGGUGUGUCCACAUCAUCGUGGCUCAGACCAAAGACAACAAGUACACACUGAACCAGACCAGCGCGGUCUUUGACAGCAUCCCUGAGGUGGUACACUAUUACUCCAACGAGAAGUUGCCUUUCAAGGGGGCCGAACACAUGACCUUACUCUACCCCGUGCACAACAAGCUGCACUGA